GGAGCGGCGCGGCGCUGCUCGGCUCGGCACGGCACGGCGCGGCGCGGCGGUCCCGGGGCACCAUGAACCGCUUCAGGGCGUCCAAGUUCCGGCACACGGUGGCCAGGCUGCCCCGCAGGGAGGCCUGGAUUGGGGAUGUCCGAGCUGGCUCUGUUGCAUCCUGUGGGAACCACGUGAAGGCCAGCUGCCGCUGGAUAGCGUUCAACGCCGACUCAGCGGGUGUGCUGGGCAUCGUGCCGCUGGAGUGCCUGGAUGGAGACAAGAGGACCGUGUCUCAGCUCUGCUGCCACUCAGACGUCGUGGCAGACUUUGACUUCUCACCUUUCGAUCAGCUCCUGCUGGCGACAGGCUCUGCUGAUGAAACGGUGAAGGUGUGGCGCCUGCCUGAGAGCGGCCAGGACAUGCCCGCCGGCGCCGGGCUGACCCUGGGGCCCGUGGGCUGCCCCGUGGACGUGCUGCAAUUCCACCCCACGGCGGACGGCGUGCUGGCCAGCGGCGCGGGGAAGCGAGCCACCGUCUGGGAUGUGGGACAGCAGCAGCCGCUGACAGACUUGGACGCUCACGGGGACCAGCUGCAGAGCCUGUCCUGGAAGCAAGACGGCCGCCUGCUCGGCACCUCCUGCAAGGACAAGAAACUGCGGAUCUUUGACCCGCGAGCCAGCCCGGCCGCGUCGCAGGGCGUCCAGGGACACGAGAACAGCAAGGACUCCCGGCUGCUCUGGAUGGGCGCCAGCGAUUGCCUCAUCUCCGUCGGCUGCAGCCAGAUGCGGGAGCGCGAGGUGAAGCUGUGGGACACGCGGAAGUUCAGCAGCGCGACCCACUCCGUGACGCUGGACACCUCGCCCGGGGCGGCCAUCCCGCUGUACGACGCCGACACGGGCCUGCUGCUGCUGGCGGGCAAGGGAGAAAACCUCCUGCGCUGCUUCGAGGCGUCGCCCUCGCAGCCCGCCCUGAGCCAGGUGAGCCAGUGCCUGACGGAGGGCCGGACGCGGGGCCUGGCGCUGACGCCCAAGCUGGCGCUGGACGUCAUGGCCUGCGAGGUGCUCCGGGCGCUGCAGCUCACCGACGGCUUCAUCGUCCCCGUCAGCUACGCGGUGCCUCGCAAGUCUGUCCAGGAGUUUCACGAGGAUCUCUUCCCCGACUGCGCCGGGACCGUGCCGGCCACAGCCGCCCAGGCCUGGUGGGCAGGAGACAGCCAGCAGGUGGAGAGGGUCAGCCUGCACCCGGCGCGGAGACCCACGGAGGCCUUCACGUCCCCCCUCGUCCCCCGCGCCCGGCGCGCGGCCGACGCCGCGCCUGACGCCCGCCUGCCCGACGCCUGCCCCGCGGACGCCGACCGGAGCGGGGGCAGCGGCUACUCCUCGCCAUCCAGCUCGCUGGCCUCGCCGGGCAGCGCCGCCACCUCGCUCUCUGCGAGCACCGGCCCCUCCAGCGGCUUCGCCAGCAGCCCCAGCCAGAAGUCGCUGCAGAGCAUUUUAGGCCCCAGCUCCCGCUUCCGGCACGCGCAGGGCACGGUCCUGCACCGCGACAGCCACAUCACCAACCUCAAGGGGCUGAGCCUCACCACGCCGGGCGAGUGCGACGGCUUCUGCGCCAACCACCAGCGUGUUGCCCUCCCGCUGCUCUCCGCCGGCGGCCAGAUCGCCGUCCUCGAGCUCUCCAAGCCGGGCCGUCUCCCCGACACGGCCGUACCCACCAUCCAGAACGGCACGGCGGUGGCGGACCUCUCCUGGGACCCCUUCGACGCGCGGCGCCUCGCUGUCGCGGGCGAAGACGCCAAGAUCCGGCUGUGGCGAAUCCCUGAGGGAGGGCUGCGGGACACGCUGCAGGAGCCGGAGGCUGUGCUCAGAGGGCACACGGAGAAGAUCUACUCCGUCCGCUUCCACCCCGUGGCCGCCGACAUCCUCGUCUCCUCCUCCUACGACAUGACGGUGCGGAUAUGGGAGUUGGGUGCCAGGCGGGAGGUGCUGUGCCUGCAGGGACACACGGAUCAGAUCUUCAGCCUGGCCUGGAGCCCCGACGGGAAGAAGCUGGCAACGGUCAGCAAGGACGGCAAGCUGCGGCUCUACGACCCGCGGCGGAGCGCCGAGCCCGAGCAAGAGGGUCCCGGCCCCGAGGGGAGCCGAGGCGCCCGGCUGGUAUGGGUGUGCGGAGGCGACUACCUCCUCGUGUCCGGCUUCGACAGCCGCAGCGAGCGGAGGAUCCUCCUGUACCGAGCAGGCGAGCUCUGCGCCGGGCCCCUCUCCGUUCUCGGCAUCGACGUGGCGCCAUCCACCCUCCUGCCUUUCUACGACGAGGACACCGGCGUUGUCUUCCUCACCGGCAAGGGUGACACCCGGGUCUUCCUGUAUGAGGUGACGCCCGAGCCACCCUACUUCCUCGAGUGCAACAGCUUCACCUCCAGCGACCCACACAAGGGCUUCUUCUUCCUGCGCAAGACGGAGUGCAGCGUGCGGGAGGUGGAGUUCGCCCGCGCCCUGCGCCUCGGGCAGAGCACCCUGGAGCCGGUGGCCUUCCGCCUGCCCCGCGUCAAGAAGGAGUAUUUCCAGGACGACGUCUACCCGCCGACCCGCGUGUGGUGGGAGCCGGCGCUUGGGGCCAGCGCCUGGCUGGCGGGGGCCGACGGGCAGCAGCGCCGCACCAGCCUCCGCCCGGCGGACAUGACGCCAGUGACCGCGGCCCCCAAGGAGGCGCCGGCGCGGAAGUUCGUCCCGGCGGCCGUGUACUUGGCAGAGAAGUCGGACGAGCAGAAGAAGGAGGAGCUCCUGAGCGCCAUGGUGGCCAAGCUGGGCAGCCGAGACGACCCGCUGCCGCAGGACUCCUUCGAGGGCGUGGACGAGGACGAGUGGGACUAGGGGCGACCGUGCGCCCGCCGCCACCGGCCUCCGCAGCCGCUGCAGCCCCCCGCGUCGAGCCAGGCCCUGCCGCCCGUGUCCGCGCUGGGGCCGCGGGCCGGGCCCCGCCAUUAAAGCCGCCGCACCAG